AUGGUGAAUGUGUUUACAGUAGCGAAGCCAUUGUUGCAAGGGCUGAUGAAGCUAGCUGGGAUGACACCCAAAUUAGUGGAGAUCGAACCAGGGACAUUAAUGAAUUUCUGGGUCCCAAAUGAAACGAUCCAAAGGAAUCAAAAUCAAAAUCAAAACCAUACCAAUCACAAAACCAACAAGCCUGCGGUGGUACUCGUUCAUGGCUUCUUCGGAGACGGUGUUAUAACAUGGCUAUUCCAAGUAUUGGCUUUAACCGGCAGGUACGCAGUCUACGUGCCGGACCUCCUCUUCUUCGGCGGCUCCACCACCGACAGCCACCACCGGUCAACGGUCUUCCAGGCAGAGUGUUUGGCCAAGGGUUUGAGGAAGUUAGGAGUGGAGAGUUGUACACUGGUCGGUUUUAGCUAUGGAGGUAUAAUUGGGUUUAAGCUGGCCAAGUUGGACCCAGAUUUGGUCGAGUCUUUGGUGGUUUCCGCCACGGUUGUGGAACUUACUGAGUCCAUUAGUCGUGCUUCGCUGCAGAAGAUUGGGUUCUCACAGUGGUCGGAACUUUUGUUGCCAGAGACCGUUGAGGGUGUGAAAGCUAUGCUUACAGUGGGUACUCACAAGUUGCCAUGGCUUCCUGAUUUUCUUUACAGAAACUUUCUGGAGGUUAUGUUCAUCAACAGAAAGGAGAGAACUGAACUACUAGAGGCUUUCAUCGACAGUGAUAAAGAUGCAACUGCGACUACGCACCCCCAGAGGAUUCAUCUACUGUGGGGAGACAAUGACAAGCUUUUCGACUUGGAAGUAGCCCAUAACAUAAAAGAGCAAUUGGGAGGCAAAUCCACCUUGCACUAUAUUGAAAAGGCAGGGCAUCUUGUUGGGCUGGAGCGGCCUUUCAUGUACACUCGCCACCUCAAGAGAAUUCUUGCAUCCUUAGAUGGAGAAAGGCUCCAGAAAAUGAACUGA